UCAACUUUCUAUUACAGAUGGAAAAGAAUUAUGUUGCAAAUUCUAAUUCUGAAAUUAGAUCGAUGGAAAAGACCUCAGAAAGUCAGAAUGCGCAGAGUGUGUGCGGCAUCGUGCGAGGCGCCUUCCUGAUCGCAGAGUGAAGACGAAACUCACGAUGGAAACGUCAGUCGCGUGCCGGCCACCAAACCAGUCGGAUGUUCCCGUUUGUUCUUCCUAAUGUGGAUUUAAUUCACCGUGAAUUUCCGCGCUCUCUAUUUUUUUUGACAGGUUAAUCAAGGUCGGCUCGAAUGUUGAAUGUAUACAAACUAUUGAAAAAAAAUGUUCUUCGCGAUCCAUUGAUUUGAGUAUUGAUAAUAAAAAAGAAAAAAAAAGUGAAACUCGAAGAUGUACGAAAAUUGGCUUCGUUCGUGAGAAAGGACAUAGGCACUCGCAUAUAUUCUACGAAGAACUUUGAAUGAUUCUUCCAAAGUGAUCAUCCUAAUAAUUUAUGAAGAAUAUUUCGUGUAAGCCAGACGUGUUAAUACCGAUAGCGAAAGAACGCGGUCGCGAGUAAACGAAGCAUGAUCGGUGGAAAUUCGUCGAUCGCGAAGCUGACAAAUUACUGGUCGGAUCGACAAGGUGGAUCUGAAGUUUCGAUCAUUGACAACGUUUAAGGAGGACUUGUUUAUCUUUUAACAUUUCUUUGAGAAUUCUAAAGGAUCGAAGAAGAUGCCGAAGAACAGUAUGUGGAGACAAAGGCGAGUAGUCGUUCCUAAGAGAACUAUCGAGCUUAUCGCCCUGGUGGCUAUCUCCUGUACGCUUUUCCUUUUUUUACACACAAGAGAGCUCCACUCGCGUCUUCGAAAAAUGGAGGUACGUUUGCAGCCGGCCGAGGAUGAGCUUUUCUCGGGUAAACAAAUAUCUUCUGAAGGAGUUCAAACGGAAUCUACAUCGAGCGGGAACGAUCAUUAUUCGAGCUUACAACGCGUUACACAGAAGUACGAACAAGCAGAUCUUCUCGAUGUCGAUGGGCUGAACAACACAAAGAAAGCUGAUAGAUUGGUGCUUUUCUUUAAUCGUGUACCAAAAGUUGGCUCCCAGACGUUCAUGGAACUAUUAAGAAGGCUUUCCAUGAGGAAUGGUUUUUCUUUCAACAGAGAUCGCGUUCAAAGAGUCGAAACAAUACGUCUCGCCCCGAUCGAACAGCUUCAACUUGCCAGGAUGGUCAGCAGUUACUCGGAACCAUCGGUUUAUGUGAAACACGUGUGCUUCACGAAUUUCACCAAAUUCAAUUUACCGGAACCAAUUUACAUAAACGUAGUUCGAGAUCCAGUGGAGAGGGUUAUAUCUUGGUAUUACUACGUUAGAGCACCCUGGUAUUACGUCGAGAGGAAGCAAAUUUUCCCCGAUUUACCCUUGCCCGAUCCGAAUUGGCUGAAGAAAGACUUUGAGACGUGUGUAUUGAAGGGUGACCGCGAGUGCCGCUAUCUGAAAGGAGAAAUACACGAGGGUAUCGGUGAUCAUCGUAGACAGACACUUUUCUUUUGCGGACACAGUGAAAAGUGCACUCCUUUCAACACGGUGGGAGCCUUAGAACGUGCCAAGCUCGCAGUCGAGAAACAUUAUGCGGUCGUUGGUGUCCUUGAAGAUGUGAACACUACCCUUACUGUCCUGGAGAAUUACAUACCUCGAUUUUUCCGAGGUGCCGCUCAAGUCUAUCAUGAUCAAACGAACGCUUUCACAAGCAUCAACCGAAAUUUCUUUAAGCCACCGGUGAGCGAAGAAGUAAAGGAUAUCGUCCGUAGAAAUUUUACCCGCGAGGUCGAAUUUUAUCAAUUCUGCAAGCAACGACUGUACAGACAAUUGAGAGCGUUAAAAUUGACCAACGCUGAUUUCACAAUGAAUAAUCGCUUAUAAGGAAGAGAACAAGACUAUUCUUUCUUUUUUCUCUUGAAAAAUAUUCUCACCAAUGAGGGAUGACAACAGGAUCGAUUCAGUUUCUUUCUUUAUUUUUAAGAAAAGACAAACAAACUCCUGGUAAAUCAGAAAUGAUAUUUACGAAUGCCAGCCAUAUGCGUAAAUACCUUUUUUUUUUUUUCUUUUUAUAAUAUAUAUGUAUAUAACUAUUUUUCUGUUCCGUGAUUAUAUCUCGUUGUCGUUUUACUUACAAUUUGUCUUAUUCGAUUUGUCCAACUUUUCACUCCUCUCGAAUCUCGAAUAUUUUCGAGUCGUGAGUGUAUGGUUGUGCAAAUGUGUGCAUGUGUGUGUGGAACAAGUAAUGCAUAUUUAUUAGAACUUGCCGUAAGAGUUCGUGAAAGGCUUGCUUGAUACCUCGAUUUCCACUAAUAAGAUCUCGACGUGAAUUCGCUUAAGAUUUGUUAUCGCAUAAAUCUUAUUGUUAGAAAAUGUUUCCUAAUUGACACCUUCAUCGACUACAACAAUUGUUCACGGUGAAUUUGUCAAAGACUGACAAAGAGAAAUUAUCGUAUCAUGGAUUUGUAACGAUUAGCUGGACGUUCCAAAACAUUACAGGGUAACUCUUGAUGAUUUAUUGAGAAAUGAUUAUAAACGACAUUUGUACUAUCACUAAUUACCUUCUCUCUCUCUCUCUCUCGCUCUCUCUCUCUCUCUCUCUCUCUCUUUUUUUUAUAAUAAAUGCCUGCCAUUUUAAAAACUCAUUCAUUUCAAACAUUUCGUUAAUAUUUCCUAAACAAAAACAUUUACAAAGUAAAAGGAUGGACAAGCCUUUUUUAAGAAACUAACAUGAAAUAAAAAUCAAAAAACUAUAAAUCGUAUAUCUAUUAUUGUAUUAAUAAUAGCACAUAGUACAACGAUACAGAAUACAGAUAUACACAUAUAUAUAUUUAUAUAUAUAUAUAUAUAUAUAUGUAUAUUUAUAUAUGUAUAUAUAUAUAUAUAUAUAUAUAUAUAUAUAUAUAUACAUGUAUGUAUGUAUAUAUGUAUGGUAAAUAUACGUAUAUUAUUCAUUUUAAUCAGGGAUAAUGUUCUUUCUUAUCAGCGUUCGUACAUAAAAAUCCCUGUCGUGUACACAUCUUUAAUAUCUUUAAUAUAACGUUAUAAUUCCCCAGGCAUAUUAUAAGUUUUUUAAGGAUUCAAUAACGGUCAGAAUAGGAUCGUUUUGUCAAAUGUUUGUGUAAAAAGAAAUAAAUAAAUAAAAAUCGUUGAUCGAUUUUUUGAUGUUUGAAACGAAAAGUAUGUAUCUAUAAGAGUAAAGAUAUCUCAAGGGGAAGAAUAAGUAUUUUAUUAAUGUAUCAAUUUUCCAUCAAAAUUAUACAAAAAUAGUACACUUUACGAUAGUAGCAACGUAAAGUUUGAUAUGCGUAUAAGUUGAAAAUAAUGAUCGAAAAUAACAAAGUGAAGAAUAUAUAUAUAUACAUAUAUAUAUAUAUAUAUAUAUAUAUAUAUACAUAUAUAUAUAUAUAUAUAUAUAUAUAUAUAUACUAUAAUUUGAAAAAAUCUAUCGACACUAGUCGUAACAAAUAUAUCGUUUAAAAAUUUCAUUUUUCUGAAUUCGAGUGUAGUGAGAAGUCGUGUAUCUUGUAAAAUUAUCUGAAGGUAGUACGUGCGCUCGAUUUAUGCUUGACUCAAAAAUAUACAUCCUUUCUUGUAAAACAUUACGGAGGACAGAGUGCAGAAUCAGUCUUGGCUAGGUUAUUUUUUCAUGGUAUCGUACGAAGAGAUCUUUCUUAAAAAAAGUCUCUCUUGAGAAGCGCAUUUGUUAAUAGAUAUAAGUAAUAUAUAUUUCUUACAGUAGUAACACGUUAAAUAGAUUUAACGCGAUGAAACGCGUUACGGUAACGAUUAAAUAUAUACAUUUAUAUUUGCCUAUAUAUAUAUAUAUUUACGAUAGUGAGUUAACAAUAAUAUUUUUUCCCCCGAUAAUUAUUAAUUUUCUUACGAACAAUAACGCUUGUUUCUACAUACUUAUAUAAAAUUUCAAUUAGGAUCUUCUUAAACGACAUCGAAACACACGAAUCGCAAUCGAUAAAAAUUAAUUAGACAUUUUAACAAUAUUUUUAUAAUACACGAAUUCCGAUAUUAUCCUCUCGUUUGUGUAGCCUGUGGUCGAAUAUAUACGGAUAAAAAUAUCUGACGAGAAAAUAAAAGUGCUAAAAAACUCAGUCUACCGAUGGAAGAGUAAUUAUAAUCAGUAUGGAUAAAAUAUUCAUUAAAAUUGAUAAAAUUAGAUAAUUAACAUCAAGACAGGAUACGCAUAAAAGAUAAAUCAAAGAUUAAUCCCUCUCUUUUGACUUUCGAAUUCUCCGUUUGACUUUUUCGUCUAAGGAUUUCAAAUCGAUCACAGCCAGAAAUUGUUUCAACAUGUUAUUCUUCCUUUUUCACUUUUCUUUUCUUUGUUAUUGUAGGAAAAAAAAUGACAGACGGCAAUCAGUUGUAAAUAUUCAAACGAAAUAGAUAAGAACGAAAGGAAAGAAACGAAAAGAAAAGAAAAGAAAAGAAAAAAAUAUUUGUUAAAAGAUUAAGCGAGCAAAUAGGAUUCGAGUCUUAUUUUCAAAGAUUUGUAAAAUUCGUUAGUUUAAAAGUAAAAUUGUUUGGCGAAUUUUUUAACGAAUAAUUCUCGAACCUUCCAGACGAAAACUCACGGCUCUAUGGACUAGAGGUACGACAGAUGCGCUUACACGUGUAAAUACGGAUAUAAAAAUAUGCUAUAUUAUUAUAAUCUACAAUCUUAUCUCUCCUA